CCCCAGCCCCUAACCGUCUUUGCCCGACCGCGACGGUCGUCAUGGCUAAAGCCGAGAAUCCCAAGCAAAACCCCUCCGCCCUCGCGAAGAAGCCACCUCCGCCUUCUCCGCUCGCCGACCAAGACUUCGAUCCCAACUCCUGCUCUCUCGAGAAGUUCCGUCUCUACGAGACCCGCGCGAGAUUUUACCUAAUUGGGAGCGAUCGGGAGAAGCGGUUCUUCCGGGUGCUUAAGAUCGACCGUUCCGAACCCUCCGAUCUGAACAUCAGUGAGGACCCCGUGGUGUACUCGCCACAGGAGGUCAAGAACCUCCUCCAGAGGAUCAGCGAGGGUAAUCGAGCCACCGGCGGUCUCACCUUCGUCGUGAAGGUCUAUGGCAUUGCAGGCUGCAUCAAGUUUUUGGAGUCGUACUAUCUGAUUCUGGUUACAAAGCGUCGUCAGAUUGGGUCUAUAUGUGGACAUGGGAUUUAUAGCAUUGAUGAAAGUCAACUGAUCACCAUUCCCCAUUCAUCGAUACAGUCUGAUGUCGCCCAUUCCAAAACGGAGCUUCGGUACAAGAAGCUUUUAUCUAGCGUUGAUCUCACGAAGGAUUUCUACUAUAGUUACACAUAUCCCAUCAUGCAAAGCUUACAGAAAAAUGUCCUUGCAUCGGGUGGGGAGAAGAUGUUAUAUGAGAACAUGUUCGUAUGGAAUGAAUUUCUGACACAAGCUAUACGAUCAAGGUGCAAUAAUACUCUCUGGACUAUAGCCUUGGUCCACGGGCACUUCAAGCAGGUCAAGUUAUCAAUUUUUGGGCGAGAAUUUAAUGUUUCCCUCGUAUCUAGACGGUCUCGUCAUUUUGCAGGGACACGGUAUUUGAAAAGAGGAGUUAAUGAUCGGGGCAGAGUUGCAAAUGAUGUAGAAACUGAACAAAUAGUCCUUGACGAAGAAGCUGGAUCAUGCUGGGGAAAAAUGAGUUCAGUUGUACAGAUGCGAGGUUCAAUCCCCCUUUUCUGGUCGCAGGAAGCUUCAAGAUUUAGUCCCAAACCUGAUAUUAUCUUGCAGAGAUAUGAUCCAACAUACCAAGCAACCAAGUUGCAUUUUGAAGACCUGGCUAAGAGAUAUGGAAAUCCAAUUAUUGUACUCAAUCUAAUAAAGACUGUUGAAAAAAGGCCUCGAGAAAUGAUGCUACGGAGGGAGUUUGCUAAUGCAGUUGGAUAUCUUAACCAGAUUCUACAAGAAGAAAGCCAGCUGAAGUUUAUUCACUGGGACUUUCAUAAAUUUGCAAAAAGCAAGUCUGCCAAUGUUUUGGCUGUUCUAGGUGCAGUAGCAAGUGAGGCACUUGAUUUGACUGGUUUCUAUUAUAGUGGGAAAUCAUUUAAAAGAAGAGCAACUCAGCUUAGUCGAACUAGCACAGGAAGGGAUGGUUCCCUUAGUGAUGUCAGAGCUAGUUCAGGAGAUCUUUCAAGGAUGCCUAGUAACUUUGAAACAACAAACCCUUUGGCUAAUCAGGAUAGACAGAAAGAGUUAAAUCGUCAUUCAAUAGGUGAUGGACCUCGUUUCCAAAGUGGAGUUCUGCGCACGAACUGCAUUGAUUGCUUGGAUCGUACAAAUGUUGCCCAGUAUGCUUAUGGCCUAGCAGCCUUAGGUCGCCAACUCCAGGCGAUGGGACUUACAGACAUUCCUAAAGUGGAUCCAGAUAGCAGCAUUGCUGCAGCUCUUAUGGAUAUGUACCAGAGUAUGGGUGAUGCACUUGCUCAGCAAUAUGGUGGCUCUGCAGCACAUAAUACUGUUUUCCCUGAGAGGCAAGGCAAGUGGAGGGCUACUACACAGUCUCGUGAGUUUCUGAAAUCCAUCAAGAGAUACUACAGCAAUACCUACACAGAUGGUGAAAAGCAAGAUGCGAUAAACCUAUUUUUAGGUUACUUUCAACCACAAGAGGGAAAACCAGCUCUUUGGGAGUUGGACUCGGAUUAUCAUCUUCAUGUUUCAGGGAUUGGUGAUGAGCCAGUUCCUGAUACAGAUAAAAGUUCAUCACUUGAUACAAAGCCCAUGGAAGGACCUGGAACUACUCUUGCACCAAUUGCAGCAUGCAAACAAGACUUCUCUCGGAUGAAACUGACUUCAUUUGAUAAACUGAUAGAGAAAACAUGUAGUUUAAUAAAGAACGUGAGGCUUUACAGUGAAUCUGAUCUGAAAGCAAGAGGCAAUGCAGGAAAUCCUGGAAUGGCACCAGAUGCAGCUGAAAUACAGCUUAAAAGCCCAAAUUGGUUGUUUGGUCAAAGAAAGUAUGAAGAAAGUGUACCUGCCAAAAACGUUACUGUGAAAGAAAAUGCAAGUGGGGCAACCCAAGAUGAGUUAUGUUCUUCUGGUUAUGGUGAAUUAAAUUGGCUUUCUUGCACUGGUGACAUGUUCGAGGAGGAUAUCUUCAAAAGGUAUCUGGCAUUGACGUCUGUUGAUGAAACCAACAGUUGGUAUGGUGGGACAUUGAUUUAUGAUCAAGAUGAAAACUGUGAGGUUUACAAGCAUUAUGCUGAACUUUGUCAGGGCCCAGUCAUGGAUCCCUUUGAGCACGACCCCGAGAAAGAGAAGCACUAUGCUGAUGCUUUGCGGAUGGGGCUGGACAGCGCAGACGACGCACUUGUAGAAGCCGAGAUGGAAGCGGCUCUGAAGGAGUAUGACCAGAUAGGAGCUGACCUUGGUAUCGCCUCCUCAUGCAAAGCCCUUGCCGAGGAUCCAAGCCGGUUGACUAGAUGGAUCAUUGGGGAAGAGAAGGUGCUGGGGUGGAAGAAGUGAGCGUCUACUCAUGUAGACCGUUCUUAUAUUGAGAAGCAUUUGCUCAUUGUAAUGAAUAAAAUGUGUCAUUCAUGGCAUUCUGGCUUUUGUUAACCUGUCCAGAUUUCAGCUGCCUAAUCCAGUCUCCAUUUUCUUGAGUAGGUGACCAUUUCUUAAUUGAAGACUACCAUUUUUCAUUA